UCGUAUAUAAGGGGCGUGAAGGCGCGCGCGCGCACACUCGCUUGCACGUCUCUCGCGCCGCACGAUCGAUUUCCCGCCCUUUGCCAUUUCCACCGGCGCGCGAGUUCCUCUACGCGAUCCAAGCGAGUAAAAUCGCCAUGAGUUCCACGGACUUCCGCCUGGAGCGCAGCCAGGAGCUGUCGGCGGAGACGCGCGCGCUGGCCGAGCAGGAGCUGCGCGAGACCCCCGAGCGCGUGCGCGAGGCGCUGGAACGCCUGCGCGAACUGCUCAAAGAGAACAAGGACCUGAACUUUGCGGAUGAUGAUGAAACGCUUACAAUCUUUCUACGUCCCUGCAAGUGGUACCCGGAAAGCGCUCUCGCACUUAUGCGAAGAAUAGCAGAGUUCAAGCGCGACAAUGCGUCGUUGCUAGACGGCUUGAUGCCCGACCACGAGAAGGAUGCCUUCCUCAACCACAACGUGGUGAACGUCAUGAAGGGCCGAGACCACAAGGGUCGGCGGGUGCUGAUCGUCAACGCUGGAGGAUCCUGGGACCCGAAGAAGGUGAACGCGGACCAACUGUUCCGGCUUUUCUACCUGAUCCACGAGGCCGCCAUGCUUGAACCGGAGUCCCAAGUUCGCGGCACCGUCGUCAUCAUGGACUUCAACAACAUGGGCUGGUCGCAGACAAUGGGUCUGACGCCGUCGUUCUCGAAGCGGCUGCUGACGUUCAUCCAGGACGCCAUGCCGCUGCGGCUGAAGGAGGUGCACUUCGUCAAGCAGCCCAUGGUCUUCAAUGUCGUCUGGAACAUGUUCAAGCCCUUCGUUAGGGAGAAGCUCAAGACCAGAAUCUUCUUCCACGGGUCAAAGAUGCCGUCUCUGCACAAGCACCUGGCGCCGUCGCACCUGCCGUCCGACUACGGCGGCGAGCUGCCCGCCAUCGACUACCGCGGCGCCGAGUGGUACCCCGUCAUCAACGAGAUCAUGCCGCACAUCGAGAAGUGGAACUCCUUCGGGUUCGCCAACACCUCGUAAAUGCAUUUAAUGGUUUUUUAUUCCUUGGUGAAGCGUAUUUGUCUGGUUUCGUGUGUUGACUUAUAUUAAAAUUG